AAUAAUUUGGGGAGGAGGGAGAAAAAAGGAGGGGCCAACCUAUUAUGUCCCCUCCCUCUCUGCACCUGUACACAGUGGGUUCUGCCCUCCCUCCCUUCCUGCACUUUUGACUGGGGGGACAGAGUUUGGAAACCUCAAGUAAGAGGGCAGAGGAUCCAUGGUACACAGUCCAGUGAUGUCAGCCUAGUCAGGGUGUAUGAUGUUCACUGUGAUACAGAGGAGAAGGAACGAAUCUGCCUCUGGGACACUCCGGCAUUGGGGUAAACGAGGGGACAUUUGAGUCUUGAAAGAUGGGUCCAUCUUUCAUGGGAGGAAGAAAGGGGAUUCCAGGCCCAGGGAAGAGUGUCUACAAAGUUUGGGAAGUGCUGGUACUGAAUGGUUGAGGGAAGUGGGGGAAAGCCUGCUAUCUAGGGGCUGGGAAUUGAACAGAUAGUCGGGAUUCUCUCUGGGGGUCCCACGAGGGUUAGGGGACAGGUUGUUAUGGUUGGCAUUCAGCUUGGCCAGACACCUCGUAGUUCAGGCUGGAGCAAGUCAGACUCCAGUUCUGCCACUUGGUCUCUCUGAGCCUGUCUCCUCAUCUGUAAAAUGGGCACAAUAAUCCUACCCUAGAGAGUUGUCAAAGUCACUGUUCUGUAGGGUGAUGGACAGGAGUGAGAGGUGCUGGGAGAGACUGUUACAGGAGAUGAGGGGUGGAGGGAGAUGCCGAUUCUCUCUGAGAUGUCAGGGGAGGAGCAGCAUUUGUCACAGAUGGGACAUGAAGGGAAAGGGAAGGGCAAAGGGUCUCUGCUCAUGGCCUGAGGGAAGGGCUGACACCUCAGUAUGGCUAGGAGGGGUGCAAUGACUAGGGAGGCAUAGCAUGACACCAGGCAGUGAGAGAGAUGGGGGUUAAGACCAAAUCCUCUCUCCCAGACCUAGAGCCAAGUAAGGAGGUAAAGGAGGGACCCCAAAGAGAGGAUGAAAUCCUUGGACAAAGCCAAGGCCAAGGGAGAUGGACUGAGAAAGGGAGUGGCCCAGGGCCUGACCUAAUUGCCCCUUAAUGCCAAGGACCUUGCUGCCUGGGUCAGGUGACCCAAGAGGAGAUGGGCCAUUGUCCUUGGCUGUUGAUAAGUGAACAAAGCAGAUUAAUUUCUGCCCAAGGCCUGCUGUUGGGGUGGUGACAGCCUCUCAAAAUGGGAGGAUCCACCGAGGAAAACGGUGAACGUUUGACAUUUGCUGGUAGCUUUUGUGAGUUGAGUCCUGGAUACUUCAAGAUGAUGGCUGUGAAUCAUUCCCAGGGCAGCAGGGAGACAGUUUGGUCUCAGGUGAUGUCAGAAGAUCUUGGUCAGAGCUAAGACUCAAGAGGACUCAGCCCCUACCAUGGGCAACACCCAGGAAAGACCAUCAGAGACGAUCGACCGCGAGCGGAAACGCCUGGUAGAGACGCUGCAGGCGGACUCGGGGCUGCUGCUGGACGCGCUGCUGGCACGGGGCGUGCUCACCGGGCCCGAGUACGAGGCGUUAGACGCGCUGCCUGACGCCGAACGCAGGGUGCGCCGCCUGUUGCUGCUGGUGCAGAGCAAGGGCGAGGCUGCCUGCCAGGAGCUGCUGAGCUGCGCCCAGCGAACUGUGCGGGCGCCGGACCCCACCUGGGACUGGCAGCACGUGGGGACCGGCUACCGGGAACGAAGCUAUGACCCUCCAUGCCCAGGCCACUGGACUCCCGGGGCUGCUGACUCAGGAACCACGUGCCCCUGGCUGCCCAGAACUCCAGAAUCCGACGAGGCCCGGGGUCCUGAGGACUCCGAGGCAGCACAAUCCGGAACCCUCGAAGAAGCUGAGCCAGAGCUGGAAGCCGAGACCUCUGAAGGGGCUGAACCGGAGUUGGACCCCCAAAUGGAUCCGGAACCGGAGCCAGAGGCGGAACCAGAGCCAGAGGCGGAGCCAGAGCCAGAGCCGGAGCCUGACUUCGAGGCUGGAGAUGAGUCUGAAGAUUCCUGAAAGCCAUAGCACCGACAGGCCGCUCUUCAUCCUAGCAACAUGUGAUCUGGGAUCCUGCCAAAGUGGGGUCAGACGCCACCAAUGUUCCAUCUAGCCCAGUACCACUGAAAGUGAAUAAAUUCUGGAGGGUCA